AUGAAGCUCAUCAACGUGCGUACCCUAGCCAUAGAAGCUUUCAAUGCCGGAGACGAAGUGCCGAGAUAUGCGAUCCUUUCCCAUACCUGGGGUAACGACGAAACCAGCUUCCAAGAAUGGACCGCCAAUCUCAAUAACCCCUCUCCCGAGUUUGUGGAGAAAGGCGGGUACUUGAAGAUCAUCAACGCCUGCUCCAAGACGCGCGACGACAGGGUACCCUAUCUCUGGGUCGACACCGUCUGCAUCGACAAGACGAGCAGCGCAGAGCUGUCCGAGGCCAUCAAUUCCAUGUUUGCGUGGUAUGAACGGGCCGCCGUCUGCAUAGUCUACCUGGCCGACGUCGAAUGGGAAGAUGGCCUCGUUGACAAGAUCCACGCCAACAAGCAUUCGACUUUUGGUUCUAGCCGGUGGUUCACUCGAGGUUGGACCUUGCAAGAGUUACUCGCGCCCCAAAAGGUCUUCUUCUUCACCAAGGAAUGGGCGGAAAUCGGGACAAAGGCCGAGUUGAUGUUCAAGAUCUCCAAAAUCACCGGCAUCGACGUGACGUAUCUGACUGACACGCGCAAGAUAUGGUCGGCUAGUAUCUCUGCGCGGAUGAGCUGGGUGUCGAAGCGACACACGACGCGGCUGGAAGACAUGGCGUAUUGCCUACUGGGCAUUUUCGAUAUCAACAUGCCUUUGCUCUAUGGGGAGGGGUCAAGAGCGUUUCUUCGUCUGCAGGAGGAAAUCAUCAAGUCCUCCGACGACCAUACGAUAUUCUGCUGGGCUUGGGAUCCGGAUAAGGUGCCCGACCAAUGGCAGAGUAUCCUAGCGCCGUCGCCUUCAGUCUUUUCAAGUUCAGCUUCGUUCGUCGCCUCCCACAGGAAUUUCGAAAGCACGCCGUACCAGGUCACCAACGUCGGCCUACGCAUAAGACUGCCCGUGGUGGCCGCCGCCAACUGCCUCUGCGCAAUGCUGUCAGUCAUAAGCACCGACGACGCGGACCCGGAGCACAAGCGAAUGAUGUGCUUGCCGCUAAUGGAGGAAGGCCGCAUCCAUCGACGGUGCCCGUUCCCCAGCCGCCCGUUUCCCGUCCACCGAAGCAUGGUUUGCGACACAAAGGAAAUGUAUCUCUUGUACAAGAUCUCGCGAAAUACAGAGGACCUUAUGCCGUGGCCGUACCGUCACCAGUUUGAGUAUGGUUUCUACAUAAGUAUACUCGACGAGUCAUUCUCAACGGAUAUGAACCGCCAACUCAUCACGUCCAUCGACUGCGUGGUGCCUCAGCACAUGCAGACACCGACAUCUCACAUCUCACGGCCGGUGUACAGCGCUGUUGGGUUCCGAUCUGCUCUGACGCAUGCUUUCGAGGGGUUGAUACUGAGGGUCGCCCACCAAGGCGUAAAGCACCAUGUCUUGCUGUCCGUUAGCAAGCGAGGGAGCACGCAUCAGUGGAACUGUGAGAUUCUUAACUCGCCAUAUAAGGAGUACGACGUGCCAGCGUGGAUCCGUGAGUUCAAGGACCCCAUGAGUGGCUUAGGAAGAGAGCCCACCUGUACCUUACACACAUCAGCUUCUAAAGGAGCGAAUUCCAAAAUACUCGUAGCCUUGGACCGAGAAGUCCGAGAUGAAGCAGGACGACACGUCAGGAUUGUUUAUCUCGUGCUCGCUAACACGGGAGGUAGCAGUCAACGCAUGGAAGACGUGUGGAGGAGGCUUCAGAACAGCUUUGGUAAUGAUGAUGGGCAAAGGUUGUUCUCAUAA